AUUAAGCUCUAAAAAGACAACAAACUAAAUUAGCUGCUCCCUAACCUGUAUAUCUGGCUAUAUCUUAAACACCUCCUUUAUUAAACUGGAAGAGAGAUGGAAAAUGUCCAUCUGGCUGGCGAGGAAGAUGAUCUCUACUCGGGUUACAACGACUAUAACCCAACGUUUGAUUCCGAGGAGUUGGAGAAUGACGCGGGCUUCCAACAAGCCGUCAGGACAAGUUAUGGAAGAAGACCCCCUAUGACCGCGAAGUUUCCAGGCACUGCCAUUGGAGCUCGACCUUUAGCCACUUCAUUUGGUUCUCGGGUUCCUAUGACCUCAUCAAUGGGCAGACCUGUGACUGGAGCUGUGAUGGAUGGAGCAGCCCGACCGAUGACGGCUGUCAGAGCUGCAGGAUACACCUCUUCUCUGACGCGUGGCUCAGCCUUUGACCCUCUGGGCCAGUCCAGGGGCCCUGCACCUCCACUCGAAGGAAAGAAUGAGGACACGCCCGAGGAGAAGAUCAAGAUCCUGGAGAAAAAAGUGAAUGAUCUGAUUGAAGAGAGUUGCAUGGCACAGAGCGUGGGCAACCUACAGCUGGCUCUUGAAAAAGCCAAAGAAGCGGGGAGGAAGGAGCGAGCACUGGUCAGACAGAGAGAACAGUCUGGCAAUGCAGAGCACAUCAAUUUAGAUCUGACCUACUCUGUUUUGCUCAACCUGGCCAACCAGUACGCGAACAACGAAAUGUACCCAGAGGCCCUGAACAGCUACCAGGUCAUCGUGAACAACAAGAUGUUCAGUAACGCUGGCCGUCUGAAAGUCAACAUUGCCAACAUCUACGUCACACAGAAGAACUACCCCAAAGCCAUCAAGUUCUACCGCAUGGCGCUUGACCAGAUCUCCAACUCUCACAAGGAAAUGCGGAUCAAGAUCAUGCAGAAUAUCGGCGUGGUCUUCGUCCGCUUGGGUCAAUACUCGGACGCCAUAACGUCCUUCGAGCACAUCAUGAGCGAGAGUCCCAACAUCAAGACGGGCUUCAACCUCAUUCUGUGCUACUACGCCAUCGGUGACAGAGAGAGGAUGAAGAAGGCCUUCCAGAAGCUCAUUUCUGUUCCUCUGGGCAUCGACGAGGAGGACAAGUACAUCCCGUCCAGUGAUGACACCAGCGCAAACAUGGUCAUCGAGGCCAUCAAGAACGACAAGCUACACCAGAUGGAAAGAGAUUUGAAAGUCCUGGCUGAGAAGUACAUCAUGACUUCAGCCAAGCUCAUCGCCCCAGCCAUCGAGACCUCUUUUGCAAGUGGAUUUGACUGGUGUGUGGACAUGGUGAAGAGUUCUCAGUAUGUUGAGCUUGCCAAUGAUCUGGAGAUCAACAAAGCCAUCACCUACCUCAGACAAAAGGACUUCAACAAGGCCGUGGAAACGCUGAAGACUUUUGAGAAGAAGGACAGCAGAGUGAAGAGCGCUGCGGCCACCAACCUCUCCUUCCUCUAUUUCCUGGAGAAAGACUACGAGCAGGCCGAUCGAUACGCGGAGCUCGCCAUGAACGCGGACCGCUACAACCCGGCGGCGCUGAUCAACAAGGGGAACACCGUGUUUGUGCGACAGGAUUACGAAAAAGCUGCGGAAUUCUACAAGGAAGCGCUCAGGAACGACUCCUCUUGCACCGAGGCCCUCUACAACCUGGGUCUGACCUACAAGAGACUGAACCGCCUGGAGGAAGCCCUCGACUGCUUCCUGAAGCUCCACGCAAUCCUGAGGAACAGCGCUCAGGUCUUGUACCAGCUGGCAAGCCUCAAUGAGCUGCUGGGCGACCCCCAGCAGGCCAUCGAGUGGCUGAUCCAGGUCAUCAGCGUGACCCCCACCGACCCCCACACACUGGCCAAACUGGGCAAGCUGCACGACGACGAGGGGGACAAGUCUCUGGCUUUCCAGUACUACUGCGAGUCUUUCAGAUACUUUCCCUCGAACAUUGACGUGAUCAUGUGGCUCGGCGCCUACUACAUCGAGACGCAGUUCUGCGAGAAGGCGAUUCAGUACUUUGAAAGAGCCACGCUCAUUCAACCAACUCAGGUGAAGUGGCAGCUCAUCAUGGCCAGCUGUUACAGAAGAAGUGGAAACUACCAGAAAGCUUUGGAAACCUACAAAGACAUCCACCUCAAGUUUCCAGAUAACGUGGAAUGCCUGCGUUUUCUGGUGAGGCUGUCCACGGACAUGGGGCUGAAGGAAGUCCAAGAAUAUGCCACCAAGCUGAAGAAGGUCGAGAAGAUGAAGGAGAUCCGAGAGCAGAGGGUGAAAUCGGGACGAGAGGGCAGUGCAAGAAGUCGGAAAGAAGGCAGAGAGGGCAGUGCGGGCAGCGUGGGUAAGUCCCUGUAA